AUGCAAGAGAGAGUAACGCUAAAGAAAACGAUUGCCAUCAUGAAGUUGAGUCUGUUUGUUAUAUGGUUUUGGCCACUACCAUUAGGCACUUCUAAAUGCAAAAUUUUGUGCGUGAAGUUAUAUCAAUAUAUCUGUAUAUUAAUGACUGCAGGCAUAAUAGCGUCGGUAAUAUAUGGUCUUGUGAAGAAUAAAAAUACUAAUAAUCUUGAUAGUUUUAUGAGAUCAUUGUUCUCUUUGGUCACGCUUAGCCACGUUAUUGGCAACAUUCUAUGUCACCUAAUUAUUUAUCAACGAUUACAAUUCGUUACUCUCGAAAUGGAAAAUUUUUGCGCAUUGAUCAAGCCUCACGAGGAAACGAUUAUUCAGCGGGAGUAUGUUAAUAAGUAUUCCAAUUUUUAUGGUUUUUGCAUAAGUUUAUUCUACAUGAGUCUCUUCGGCCUUUUCAUCGGACCUGUCAUGCUAGAUCAGCCGCUUCCAACAGCUGCUGAAUUUCCAUUUGAUGCGUCUCAUCAACCAUUAAGAGCUAUUACAUAUAUCCAUCAGAUUAUAGUUGGUCUGUUCAUAUCUGCACAUUUAUGUGUUAACGCUUUCAUGGCGCUUUUGCUCUGGUUGACUUCAGCGAGAUUUAAAUUGUUGACUGAAGAAUUCCGAACAAUUACGAAUAUCUAUAAUCUCGCGAAAUGUAUCGAAAAGCAUCAAAAAUUAAUCAAAUAUGCAGAAGAUGUAACCCUUACAGUUCGACCCUUUGCAAUGGUAACUGUACUUUUCACUACUGUAGCAUUAAUAACAUUUGGCCUUGUUUUUAUUGCAAGUACAAACGUAGCACAAGCAGCUUUUGAAACAGAUUGGUAUGCUAAAUCUGAAUAUCUUAGAAAAAACUUACAAAUGGUUAUACUGAGAAGUCAAAAGCCAAUACUAGUUACAUUACCAUGCGGUUUGCCCUCGUUGUCCUUACGAUAUUAUGCAUCGAAUAUUGCUUUUGAAGCGGAAUAUUUUUGUGACUCGAUGAAAUCACGUGAAGAAGUUGUGAUUCAACGAUACAUUGAUAAAUAUGCAGCAUUCUAUGGUGUGUCUUCGGUUAUUUUCUAUUUUCUUGUGAUAGCAGCCUGCGCGAUAGCUUCCAUAAUGCAUCAACCAUUUCCAAUGUUAAAUGAAUAUCCGUUCGAUGUAUAUUAUGAGCCUUUAAGAACAAUUAUCUAUGCACAUCAAGCUAUAGUCGGAUUCAUAGUAUCGGGACAAUUAUGCUUAAAUACUUUCGUGGCUACUUUACUCUGGUUUGCAUCAGCAAGAUUUGAAAUAAUAAUCGAAGAUCUGAGGACUUUCACAAAUGUCUAUCAAUUGGUCAAAUGUGUUAAGGAACAUCAAAAAAUACUUGAGUACACAGCAGAAGUUAUUAUUGUUGCUCGUUGUUUUGCAUUAACAUGUAUAUGUUGUAGUACGGUUAAUUUAAUAAUAAUUGGUGUUUCAUUUCUUACCAAUCAAUCUCUACUAUUGAGGUUCAAAUAUACCUUCAUGAUUCUAGCUUGUUUAGCAGAAGUAUUUAUGUUUGCUUGGCCGGCAGAACGUUUGAUUUUCUUAAGCAACGAUAUCUCACAGGCUGCUUUUGAUACACACUGGUAUAAUCAAUCUGAUGAAAUACGGAAACUUCUGCAAAUUAUCAUGCUGAGAAGUCAAAAAGUGAUAACAAUUGCAGUUCCAUAUAUUACUCCAUCAAUAAGUUUUAAUUACUUGACAUCGGUGAGAGACAGAGAUUUGAAUUAA